ACGCAGUCAAAAACAAUUGCUUGGUUUGCCCGUCCUGUCUGAAUCCAUCUUCACUGACGCGCUGCACUGAAACUGGGGAUUACAAGGGGCACCGGAAGGCAGCAUCGAGGGCACAGAACAUAAACAAGUGACGCAGCGCCCCCCAGUGGCGGAGGGGGCUCACUGCCGGUUUUGUUGUCGCUCUGGAUGAUGAUGAUGAUGAGGAUGAGCCCCGUGGCAAGUGAGAACGAGCAGGCAGCGCGCGCUCAGUACACACGAGAACCUGCUGAAGGCCGUCGGAGUCGUACGUUGUAAAUUAUGUACAUAAGUUACCGAUAUUUUCCGGGACACUCGUGAAUGGCCAGUCGCGCCGCUCGGAGCCGACGAACCGAGCAGCGACCGGAGAAAUCUGGAAACCAGGCGGCACGCGAAGCAUCGUCUGAACCGGACCGCGUACGUGGUCCCUGCCUGGUCCCUCACACAGACCCGAGGCUCGACGACUCCGGUGGUGGUGGUGGGAGGGGGGAGAGAUUUUAAGCCGACAACGCCGCUGCAAACCGCGUAAAAUGUAAAGAGAGAGAAAACGAAAACAAACGCGAUUAUUUUUUAUCCUCCCUUCUUUCUUUCUUCUUUUUUUUUUUAAUGUAUUUUUUCAGUGUGAAAUAAUUUUGUAUCGGAGCGAAGCCGACUGUAAAUCUCUUGUAAAUGACCGCAACGUUUUGUAAAUAAAUAGACAAUAAUAACAAUUCUAAUUAUAACAAAUGUAAUUGUCAGUGGGCUGAGCGGCUUUUUUUUUCUUCCUAUUUUAAAUUAACAUCGCCGUACAGAUGGGCUACGAUGCUACGUUCAGGUUCACUUGAAGAUAUUCACCCUACUGCUUGAAGGAAAGGCAUCGAAGCUCAUCCAACAGGCUUGAAAAAAAGAAAAAAAAAACUUCUGGUCGAGUGUGUUUGUUCGGACUGAGAGACGUGUGGUUUUCUCUGAUUAGCACUGCACAAUUGGACUCUGAGGAAAAUGUAGGAAAUGGUGAGAAGGAAAACAAAGGCGGGAAUUGGUCUCUAACACUUGUGGUUUCACCCACUUCUGCUACUGUGUAGCAGCCAAAAAAAGGAGACGGGAGAGGAAGAGCUUGACUCACUAGAAGGGGCGAGUGGGUGACCACAGAAAGAGAGAGACGGGGACUGACGGAGGAUCAGAGCUUUGGAGGAGGAGGAGGAGGUGGUGGUGUAGGAGGGGUGGGAAAGGCCAUUCCCCAUGGCUACUGACCCGGGAGAGCCCACAGGCACCGAGGACUCCUCGGAGAAACCUGAUGGACAGAAGGAGGAGGACGCAGAGCAGGAGGGCAGGGCCAGCCAACAGAGGGAGAGGGCGGACGGCACCCACCUGGACGUCCCCGCCUCACAGGCUCGGGAGGGGACGGCGACCGGGGGAGAGGAUGGAGGAGGAGGAGGAGAGACCCGAGAGUCUGAGGAGACCGCAGUCAGGCCGAUUUCAUUCUCCACGCCCACUUUACCGGCCGAUACGGGUCAGAAACGACUGAGAAGGGAGAAGCGGUUCUUCAGGAAGAGCGUGGAGAUCUGUGAGGAGGAUGACGAGGUGGAGGGGACGCCCGCGGCGCCUCACAGCGCUCCCCACCUGGAGCUGUGCACCUCGGACUCUGUCUUUACAAGCAGUGCCCAGCAGCAAGGGGCAGCUUCAUCCUGCGUAGCCUUGGGACAUGAGCAGUCUUACGCCAACACCGGCCAGGAACCUGGCAAAGAGGCUCCUUCAUCUGCACCCACCCAGAGGGGGAAGGAGAGGGAGCGUGAGCAGGAGGAGGAGGCAGAGAUGAAGGCUGUAGCCACCUCUCCUGGUGGGAGGUUCCUCAAGUUUGACAUUGAACUGGGCAGAGGAGCUUUCAAGACUGUGUACAAAGGCCUGGAUACGGAAACCUGGGUGGAAGUGGCUUGGUGUGAACUUCAGGACCGCAAGCUGACCAAGGCGGAGCAGCAGCGCUUCAAGGAGGAGGCAGAGAUGCUGAAGGGGCUUCAGCACCCCAACAUCGUCCGGUUCUAUGAUUCCUGGGAGUCUGUGCUCCGCGGCAAGAAGUGCAUCGUACUGGUCACUGAACUGAUGACAUCGGGAACGCUCAAAACUUACCUGAAGCGUUUUAAGGUGAUGAAACCCAAGGUCUUAAGGAGCUGGUGUCGGCAAAUUCUCAAGGGCCUUCACUUCCUUCACACCAGGACUCCGCCAAUUGUUCACCGGGACCUCAAAUGUGACAACAUCUUCAUAACAGGCCCCACAGGAUCUGUCAAGAUAGGUGACCUGGGGCUGGCCACUCUUAUGAGGACCUCAUUUGCCAAGAGUGUCAUAGGUACCCCCGAGUUCAUGGCCCCAGAGAUGUAUGAGGAGCAUUAUGACGAGUCCGUGGAUGUGUAUGCCUUUGGGAUGUGCAUGCUGGAGAUGGCUACUUCAGAAUACCCCUACUCUGAGUGCCAAAACGCUGCUCAGAUCUAUCGCAAAGUCACAAGCGGUAUAAAGCCAGCCAGCUUUGAUAAAGUGAAUGACCCGGAGAUUAAAGAGAUCAUCGAAGGCUGCAUUCGUCAAAACAAAAGCCAGAGGCUCUCCAUCAGAGACCUCUUGAACCAUGCAUUCUUUGGGGAGGACACAGGGGUCCGUGUGGAGCUGGCAGAGGAGGACACAGGCAUCCAAGACUGUUUGGCUCUCCGGAUUUGGGUUGAAGAGCCCAAGAAGCUGAAGGGGAAGCACAAGGACAACGAGGCCAUCGAGUUCAGUUAUGAUCUGGAGAACGAUAGCGCUGAGGAAGUGGCCCUGGAGAUGGUGAAGUCAGGCUUCUUCCAUGAGAGUGAUGCCAAGGUGGUGGGAAAAUCCAUCCGGGACCGGGUAAAUCUGAUCAAGAAGUCGAGGGAGCGUCGGCAGCAGCAGCUCCUCCAGCAGCAGGGCUUUGAUGAACGAAGAGACUCCACCCUCACCUCCUACACCUUCUCUCAUCCCUCUUUCCAAUCCUCCCUUGGGCAAGGGGCAGCUGGACAGACGGGGGGAGGAGAAGGAGGAGGAGGAGGCGGCGUGCAGGAGUCCGAGGAGCUGCCUGAAGUGGACCAGCAUGUCAGGCAGCAGCAUAUUUUCAGUGGGACGACACUUAGUUUGCCGGGUGAGAGUAUUGGAUCUAUCAGCUGCGAAUCUUGUGCAAGUGGACAGAGCCAGGCAUACUCUCAGCAAGGGGACUCAUACACCCUCUCCCAGGCUUCUCUCUCCUCUAUUGCAUCUAGCACGGGAGCAUUGGGGCAUCCUCAAAUGCACCCCAUCGGUGAAAGUGUUCCAAGUGUGCCUCUCGGACAGAGUGUUAGUAUGUCCAGCAUGCCCAUAGGCCAAAGUGGAGGGGGACCUGUUGGUCAGACAUUUCUUCAACCCAAUACCAUGGUUCCACAGGUAUCACCAAGUGUACCACAACAAUAUUUUCAGUCACAAACAUUCCCAUCAGAUGCAUUUCAGACUGCCACUCCCCAUGGAUCAUUGGCACCCUCACAGUCAUACAUACCCCCUGCUUCCCCACAAGCGCCCAUAAAUGUUCUAACUACAUCUAUGCCAGUCGGUGAUCCCGCUGGACUAGCAGGGUCUAUUGUGCCCCAUGCUCAGCAGACCCAGCGCACUGCCACUCCCAUACAGCUCACUGACAUCAUUCCCCAAGCCGCACCCCAGCAAACACAGCCUGUCAUGAUCCCUCAGCAGACUAUUGUCCCACAACAACAGACAGGAAUGGAUCCCCAGACCGCCACCCUUCAGCAGCAGCCACAACACCAAAUAGAGGCCCAGGCAACUAUACUCGAACAACAACAAGUUAGUGCGACUCAGCCGCCAACAGAAGAGCAUCAACAGAGCCUUUCGGCUACUGCCCUCCAGAAACACCAACUUGAGCCUCAGCAGCAGAUCUAUGUGCAACAAGCUGUCCCGGUUUCCCAGCAACACGUUUUGACCACGCAAACGGGUAUGGAACAGCAGUCUAUGUCAGUACCGCAGUCGGGAGAGCAAGCUCAAACUUAUACACAACAACCGACAGGGGAUGCUCGAGAACAGUCCAUCAGACAGUCGCAACAAUUGCAACAACAGAUUCAGCAACAGCAGACUCUGCUACAGCAGCAGCAGCAGCAACAGCAGCAGCAACAGGCUUUACUGCUUGACCAACAUCAGCUGUAUGUCCAGCAACAGCUUGAUCAGCAGCAACAAAAAGCACUGCUUCAGCAACAGCAAGCGCAACUACAACAGCAGCAGCAACAGCAAGCUCAACUACAACAGCAAGCCCAGCUACAACAACAGCAAGCCCAACUGCAGCAGCAGCAACAACAGCAAGCCCAACUACAACAGCAGCAACAGCAACAAGCCCAACUACAACAGCAGCAACAGCAACAGGCUCAGCUACAACAGCAGCAACAGCAACAAGCCCAGCUACAACAGCAGCAGGCUGUUGUUAAAGCACAACUGUUGGACCAGCAGCAGCAGCAAGCUCAAAUUCAACAGAAACCAGAGCCACCGCAACAAGCUCUCUUACAACAUCAGUUAGAGCAGCAACAACUUGCUUCGCAGCAGCAGAGCCAGCUAUAUCAACAAAUUGGGCAAUACCAAGCUGGCACACAAAAAGAACCCGAGAAGCAACAGCAAAGUGGACAACCGCCGCAACAAAUUGUAUUGCAGCAGCAAUCCCAACAGAUUCAACAGCAAAAGGAGCAACAAUUCCAACAGCAGGCCUUAAUGCAACAAAUGGAACAGCAACAAGCCCUUAUACAACAACAUUUGCAGCAACAGCUAAUUUUACAGCAGCAGCAGCUACAGCAGAAAGCUCAGCUGCAGCAACAAGAGCAGCAACAAGUACAACUCAAGCAUCAGAUAGAGCAGCAGCAAGCUCUGUUGCAACAACAGUUAGAACAACAACGUCAGCAACAAAUCAUUUUACAGCAACAACAAGUGGAGAGAUUACAGCAACACGCUCUGAUGAAACAACAGAUUCAAGAGCAGCAGCAGCAGCAACAGCAGCAGCAGCAGCAACAGGCGGCUAUCAUUCAACUUCAGCAAACUGAAAAACAAGAGGGUGUCCAUAUUCCACAAAGCAUCAGUGAGCAACAGAUUCAGCAGCAGCCGGCCGAUAUACAGCACAUGUGUAUCCCACAACUAAACACUGCUCAGUUGCCACCCCACAUACCUCAGCAGCAGGUUAUGGAGCCACAGCCAGUUGCACUGGUCCAGCAGCAGCAAGCAUUUGUUCAGCAGCAGCACCUCACCUCUGUGAGGGAACCUCAUAUUUCCAUUGCAGCCCCAGCCGGUCCCGAGACGGUUCAGCACCAAACUCAUAUUAUCUCUCAGCCCCAGGUCCCCAUGACCCCUCAGUCGACCCAGAUCCCUGUCCAGACAUCUGCUAUUUCAACUCAGACCCUCACUCAGCAAGGACAAAUUGAGAUGAAGAGCCAAGGGCAGAUCCCAGUGCAGUUUAUAGUGCAGCCCACUGUCCAAGUUCCUCAGGCUGUGACUGAUGGCCAGGUAACACCCCAGUCAGCAAUGAUCCAGGGACAGAUGCAUGUCACCCAGACCCAGCAAAUUCCUUUGCAGACUAGUUAUCCUGGGCCUGCCAUUCCCACACAGAGCCAGGUUCAGCCAUUAAUGCAAAUGCAGCCUCUGCACACAUCUUUUACUCAACCGGUACAUGGCCACGUCCCAAAGGUUGACAUGCAGAUGUUGGGUCAACAAAGUCAAGCCACUAUCCAUCCUCCAGCUCCUUCACAUCCCAUUCAAAUGCAGCAUGAAACUCAUGUUCAUCAGAAUGCUCCAGUCCCAGCGUUCAUUCAGCCCCAGCUCCAGCAACAAACCCAAGCCCCGCCACCUUGCCAGGUACAUCCUGCCACUGGCCUUCUGGCACCUCAGUAUGUCCCUCAACCAACCCACCAAGCCAUGCCGCCUGUACAGCAGGAUAUAACUCACACUACACAACAGGAAGAGCAACACCAGCCAGUGCUCCAGUACCAGCAGAUGAUCCUGUCUCCUGGCCCUGCCGGAAGUGUCGGAACUAAAACAGAUGGCCCCGGUUCAGCAGUUGAGCCUACGAAUGCAAUUUCCGCUCCUCAUCGUGUUCAGGUGGGACAAGCCUAUGCUACCGGACAAACAACCCCACAUGCAGUUGUUCUGGCCCAGCAGCAGAUCCUAGAAAGCACUUCUGACCCUUCAGUCAUUCAACCCGUCUCCCAAGUUGCUAUGCCCCAGUCUACGGAGCAAUACCAGCAACAUCUACAGAAGCUUUCCCAAGUGCAGCCGGUAGCCCUACCUCCGUCACAGGCUCAGUUACCUCCACAGUCCACCCCAACUCCAAUCCAACAACCACCUCAGAGAGUUGAUGAGAGUCACCUUCCCCCACAGUGUCCUCCCACUUCACAUCUGGUGACCCUGCCUCCUGCACAGUUAGGUCAGAGUAACGUGGCAGAGCCUCAGGCCCAGAGCACGCCCCUGCCCCUCUAUAGUCACCUAGUGGCAAGUACCCCUCCAUCUCCACAGCACCAGGCCAAGCAGAUGCUGCCAGCUCACACACACACACAAACCAGCAAUCAGGCCAAAACACACUCCCAAACACAGACACGAGUCCAGGCGCAGAUUCAUUCUCAGACUCAGACACGCACUGACUCACCUAUUCCUGAGCAACCUGGUCUGCCCCAUGCUACGUUUCCCGCGCAACAAAUGCCCCUCAGCCCUUCACAUGCCCCAUGUCCUCCGACGUCACUACCAUCUCUCCUUUCCCUACCAUCCUACCAUCCUAUCGCUGCCCCUGGUCCAGAGCUACCUACAUCUCCACCAGCGGCCCAGGUAACCUUACCAGGGCAGGCCAACUUUAUACCCACCUCCCCUCCGCCUGUCGCUACUCUUCACACAGCGCUUGAUUCUAAUGCCCCCAAACUGCCCCAAGCUUCGCUCCAAGACUGUGACCUUUCCCUGCUGGGCAUUGCUCAGGAUGGUCAAAACCUAGCAAGUGCAGACCGUCAUUCUUCAUCAGGGUCUGUACCAGCUAACGGUGAUGACGCUCUGCAGCUCAUGGCCAAUGGAAAAUUAGACAAGUUAAAGGGUCAGAGAAGAACAUCCAGUCAGAGGACUGAGAAAGUUUCACAUCAGUUUCAACUGAGCAUGCUCCAGGUGUCCGGGAGUGGUGACAACAUGGUCGAAUGUCAGCUGGAGACCCAUAGCAACAAGAUGGUCACAUUCAAAUUUGACAUAGAAGGAGAUGCACCUGAGGACAUAGCAGAUUACAUGGUGGAGGAAGACUUUGUCCUUGAUGUGGAGAAAGAGAAAUUUGUUGAGGAGCUUAGAGCAAUAGUUAAGAAAGCCCACGAAUUACUUCAGACACAUUCACAGACUGGAUCAACUGACCAGUUACAUGUGAGCACUCCUGCUAGCUCAACGGACACAGUGCCCCAUUCCUCCCCAGUGGGACGCUGGCGCUUCUUUAUCAACCAGACCAUUCGUCAUAGAGACUCUCUUUCUAGCCAGGGAGCUGCUACAACACCUCCCACUGCAGAGCCGCGGAUUCUCCAAUCUCCAAAAAAGGAAAAAGAAAAUGAAGGAUCCCAGAGUCUGGAGUCCUUGACUGGAAUGGCUGCUUCCCCCUGCCCCAUCCUGUCUGCAACCUCCCCCCCAGUUUCCACUGUCUCAACCCCUGUCCCUAUGCCCCCCUCAGCCACCGCUGCCCCUGUCCCUCACACCGCUCCCUCUGAAACCAUCUCUGGACCAGACUCUGUCCCUGUCACGUCCUCAGGUGGUCUCCUUCCCUCAGUAACUCCUGACCAAAUCCCCAGUGCUCCUUCAACCUUAUCGAUACCUGCUGCUCCUACUACUGCUGCUAACUUCCCCACCUCAUCCACCGCUCCUUCUGUUGUGUCCCCCACACCCACUACCAUCCCUCCCGAAAGCCUCGCCUCUCCUGGAACCGGUGUUUGCUCCGCUGUAGCUCAAAGUAUAGGGGAUGCGCUGAUCACUGCGCCAAGGCCAUGCGUGCCUGCAGUGGAUCAGUCUUCAGCCGCUUUUCAUCCCCCGCCUCCUCCCGCUGCGGUAAUGUCUUCUGUGGUAAACCAGCAUAGCACAGAGCAGCAGCAGACAUUCACACAGGUGGCCAAGGCAGUCCCACAUCCACCACAACCACACCCACAACUACAGACUGCAGUACAGCAUCAAGUACAAGCAGCACAACUGCAGGUAAUGCAGGCUGAACAGCAGAUGCAGCAGUCGACACCGCAAUCACAGCAGCAAUCACAGCAUCAGGUCUACCAAGAACAAAUUCCGCUGCAGCAGUCUCUCCAGCAGUUACAGCAACAGCAGCUAAUUCAAAAAUCACUUCAGCAACAUCUGCCUGAGGUGCAGGCGCUGUCUAUGCCAGCUCACCCAGAGCUGUUACAGCAGUCUGUGCCUCUGCAUCAGUUUCUGCCACCACUACCCGUACAGCAGACCCAACAACCCGCUUUUCAGCAACAAGCAACGCAGUGUGUCCCACAGAUGGUGCAGCAGCCUCAGCUACAGCAGGUCAUGGCAGCUCAGGCCGCCGUGGUUUCCGAGCAGCAGGCCCAAAUUGAUCACCAACAGCAGCAACAGUUAAACCUACAGCACACGAUACACUUACAGCAACAGCAAAUGGUGCAACAGCAGCUGUUCAUGAGCGCUGCCGCAUUAAAACCAGAUCAAAGCCAAGUGCAGUCAAUAAGUCAUCCGUUUCUUCAGCAGCAGACUCAGCUAAACAUUAGCCCCGUACCACAGCAGCAGAUUCCACAACAAACCCAAGCGCCCGCUGAUCUGGCGCAACAACAUGUACAGGCGCAGCUGCAGCACACUGAGCAACAUCAGGAGAUGGUUAAAGCCAACGACCCGCCACAGAAGCAGCAGCAAUUAUCACUGCAGAAGCAGUCCUCCUUACAGAUGUCAGAGUCAGAGGUGUCCACGGGAGAGACCAGUGUCACAGAGGACACAGGCAGUUAUUCGGCCCCCUUUCACCCUUCUUCUGACUCCUCUCUGCCCCCUCUCCAUCUGGGCAGCGCUGAAACCUCCGUACCCACCCUCUCCCUCACAAUGACACCAUCGCCUGCCCAGCCUUCCUCUGUGGCCGAGUCAGACAGCGAGGGCCCCCCCAAAAUUGAGUAUGUAGACAACCGCAUAAAAACUUUGGAUGAAAAGUUGAGGAACCUGUUGUACCAAGAGUACAGCAGCGGGGCGGCGCCGGCCGGGGGGGCUGCCUCCGGCCCCGCGUCAGCUGCCCCCGCAUCAGCGGGAGGCGAUGAGUCAUCCGAGCCGCAGUCACGUCACCACUCAUUUUCCCCCCCACCUCCCUCCUCCUCAGAUACGUCGCCCCACUCCUCGUCUUCCACUACCUCCUCCACCACCUCUCGUUCCUCCUCCACCUCUCCUGACCCGGAGAGGGACGGAGGGGGAGAGCGAGCUUCCUCAGAGGCGCCCAACUCGGUGGAGCUGGGCCCCGUGGAGCAGCAGCCCGGCGCAUUCGCCCCCUCCAAGUCAGCCUCAUCCACCCCACCUACCUCCCUCCUGCCUCCCUGUCAGGAUGAGUCUGCCGGGCCCCAGCGCCCACCUGUGCCAGGAGAACCAACCAUACUCGCUGUACCCCAACAAUCUGACACCAGUUCCGCUGGAGACGCAUCUUGGCCCCACAAUCAGCACCCGAUCCCCCUCCGGCACGGACAGCAGCAGCACAAUGCAGGAGGUGGAUAUUUUGGCCUAAACCUGACAUGUCCUAGUAUCAGAAAUCCUGUUAGCAAGAAAUCGUGGACUCGAAAGUUCAAAAACUGGGCGUGCAAACUGCGCCACUCCGCCAGCUUGUUCAAGAAGCCCAGAGUCCAGCAAGAUGGACAUUCGAGCAGUCAGACGCUCAGAGACGAGAAGGAGGCGGCGCCGCUGAAUCCGCCUCAGUCGCGCAAAGGGCGAUUUCAGGUGACUCCGGUGCCCCAGACUUCUCUCCCAAAGGAAGUGCAAUCAUCAGGCCACGGUGGCUCUCACAGGAAAGUGGGACGCUUCUCUGUGACUCAGACUGAGACGAAGAAAGAGGACAGGCACACCGACAGCUCCCCGGUGUCUCCCGAUUUGGACAGGGAGAGGAGGAAAUCUCGGGCAAGGGACGGGGAUAAAGAAGAGAGUAGGAGGACCCCGUCAUCGGCCCACUUGCCUCGAGGUCACGGGCACGCCCACUCACCGCUGGGCAGCAGCGACGAUGACGACAACGAGAGCGAGCUGGAGGAUGAAGACCUCAGAAAAGAACUGCACAAGCUCAGAGAGAAACACAUCAAAGAGGUGGUUUCCCUUCAGGCUCAGCAGAACAGAGAGCUUCAGGAGUUAUACAGACAGCUUCGCUCCCUCAAAGACCAAAGGCAGAGUUUACCCGUCUCCCUGUCCCGAACCUCUCCUCUCCCUUCAGCGCCUCCUCUCCUCUCUCCCCGUCGGCCCAGACCAUCCAAAACAAAGCUUAGGCCCCGGCCUCACUCUCACAUGGAUAACAAUGGAGUUACACACUCCGGGAUUCAGCAGUCAAGUAGUUUUUCGGGGGGUGAACAGACGAAGCUGUCACUCUACUGCAACCCAGAGCACCGCACUUCACUGCCUGCUAGAAGAGAUCACAGCCCUCUAAGAAAAAGCACAUUCACGGACGAGCUGCACAAGCUUGUUGAUAAUUGGACGAAAGAGGCAGUGGGCCCCGCCCCGGCCAAACCUUCGCUGAAUCAGAUCAAGCAGAUUCAACAGGUGCAGGAACUCGGAGGCUGGAGCCAGUCGGCGGAGGUGACUCCACCAGGUUGGUUUCCAGGGGCGCAACUGAACCCCCAGGCCCCUGUGACCCCUGCCAACUUGACCGGGGCGCCCCCCUCCUCUUCUUACUCAGGCGGAGGGGGCCUGUCCACCAUGCAGUCUCAAGGACCACCGCAACAAACGCACAUGGCUCAAGUGCCACAGCUGCAGCAGAGUUUGCACCUCCACCAGUCUCUCCCCCUCCAGCAGAUGACCUAUCAGCAGUCCCCGCUCCGCCAGCAAAUACCCCAGCCCCGGAUGCAAACUCCCGCACAGUCCCAGUCACUGUCACAGACUCUACCCACCACCCAGCUGCCCCCUCAAAGUCAACCGCUGCUGCCUUCCCAAAACCCCACAUCACCGGCGUCCACGGCCACGUCUCUGCUACCCGGCGGUGGCGCCGCUGGUCCCACAGACGGCAGUGCCGCCACGGCGACGGCAUUUUGCUCGUGUUCCUCAUCCUCCUCCUCCUCCACCUGCUCCUCCUCUUGCUCUUCUGCUGCUCUACCUUCCAGUGCCAAAAUUCACCCCACACCCUCCACCUCUACUCUUCCUCUGGGACAGAAAUGAAAACAAGCAAAGUGUUGCGAGGAGGUGAUGCACAGAUCCGAGAGAUGGAAGCACUAAGUGGGUCAGGAUGUGAAGCAGAUCCAGUUGGAGUGUUAGUUCUGUGUUUGCGCGAGAGAAUUGUGACUGCGAUGAAUAUAUGGAUUCCAGUGUUUAAGAGGGGGGAAAUGAAUGUGAGAGAAAGAUGUAUAGAUAGAACGUAGUGUGGAAACGCAGAAGCCGGCUGGUUAUGAAUCAAAUGUUUGGAUGUUGAGAUGUAUAAAGUCUUUAAUGUAUGUGUGUGUGCAUUUAUGAGUGUUUAUGGAUUACUUGAGUACAUAUCACCUACAGUUUGUCCUUGGACACAAACUAACGGUCACGUUUGUGUUCGCAAACCAACUCAGACCUGAAAUCUCCCUGAGCAGAGACGAGAAGGACUAACUAUUCAACAGUGUUUAAUUUGUCAAUGCUUACAGUGAAAGGACUAUCAACUUUAAAAGUGCAAUUAGUAAUGGUCAUCUAAAUUGAUCAGCACGUAUUGUAUUGAUUUGUCUGCAAGGCAUAAAAUAUUUUUGUAGAAGAGCAGAGAUUGAGCGGAAACCAGACGCAUACAGGAUUUUUUCAUGGUCUUUUUAAACUGUUGUCCUAUACAGCACAAGACGCUACAACGGGCAAAGGAAAAAAAAAAAAUUAUUUAAACAGCAUGUCGUGCACGGUAGACGCAUCCGGCUCCCCUCAUUACCACAGUGCAACCUAACACAUCGUUGCAGUGUCGUGUCGUGCAGCAUGUGCUUAAUUUGUGUCGUUUUACGUUGGAAACGGUCUGAACGACACGCGAUCAGACGAACUUGAAUAAAAUUGAAACAUGCGAUCAGAGAUAACCCGGCCACACUCAGCACUGCAUGAACUCGAUUUGGCCUGUUGUGCAAACUGCUUGCUGCAAAUUCACAAACCUCACGAUUAACUGUGUGCAGCUGGUGAGAUAACCAGUAGCUUUCAGUAUGACAUGCUUUCACAUUUGACAUUUUGCUUUCUGUUUGUGCUCUCGAUAUCAAGGUGUAUACGUGUCACGCCGAGGAGGAAGAGAAAGAGGAAAAAAAAAACUGCCAAGUUAUUAUUAUUAUUGACUGCGCGGAACCAUGAGGGUUAUUCCCAUAUUGCCUUUUAAAGCAUUUUUGUGAGUGUGUUUUUGUCUGUGUGGCAAACCUUUGUGAUAGUCUCAUGGUAUAUUACAUUAUAAACUUCAUCCCUGUUCCUUUCAGUCAGCGCAGCCUCUCGCGCGUCGUUGUGCUCCAAUGCAGACGUUUACUCUCUCGCUCGCUUCCUCAAGAAACAAAGACAAGUGAGGUCUUGGAUCAUAUGCCGGUUGUAAGUUUGAUGUUCAACAUUGUUGUGAGAUCCUCACUUGCCUAUUUGUCAGCUUUCUUUGGCCUUGCACAAUUUCCUUAUUUCAGCCGUGAAUUCUUCAGCCUUUGACUAUUGGCAGUCAGUGCAAAUGCAUCAAUCAGAAACUGAGAUGUGGCGCCGUAACAAGCGCUUUUAUGCGCAUCACUAAAGGUUUACUCACGUCAAAAAUGUCCCAUUCCUCUAUUUCUAAACUCCACCUGUCGAUGUAAAGUAAUGUAUCAGCAGCCGAUAUAUUACGGUACAUUUUAUUGGCUUAUCAGUGCACUUAGCCAUACACACAUCUGACCACUGAUGGUCGGGUGUCGACACACAUAUUUUUUCUUCUUCAUGUAAUGAGUAGCCUGUAGUCAAAGCUGCAUUUCUGUUUUAUCAACGAUAGAGAUUUUGUGUGCCACAGAAAACAGGAGACUGCUACAUGUGAGUCAAAGACAUAUAAACCGUGAAUGGUUCAGGAGGAGGAGGAGGAGGAGUUCAAGCUAAAAAGGUUAUGGUUGUUCAGAGGCUGCAUAAUCUAGAUGAUGACAGUUUUCCGCAUUUGUUGCUUUUCAACACUACCCACAUUUUCACGGACGUAGUUCAUAAUUAGUGAAGGUGAGAUACAGUACUGUCAUGUCUGAUACUAACAUGUAUCUAACAAGCUGCGGCUUAAUGAUCGUGAUUCAUGAGCUGGCUUUGUCCUUGAAGUGUUACCAAAAUGUUACCUAAAAGAUAAAGAUUAUUUUUGUAUUUUGGAAUGGGGUUGUACAAAUUGUAAAAUUGUGUACUCAUCACAAUCCUUCAGAGGUUAUUUGAAACUAGAAAACACUGGUUUUCAUCCCUGUUUACUCGGGGCUCCCUGCCUUGAUAUACCUCUCUGAGUCCUGACAGGCCAGGGUCUUUUAAAAUUAGAUUAAGAUCAUUUUUCUCAUUAUUGACAUCUUCUGUCAGCUUUUAAUCUUGAAAACCAGGAUGUUACAUAAUUGAUUGGCACCAGCCUCCAUGCUGGGUCAGAUAUACUACAAUUAUACAUUUAUGUGCAAAAAAAAUAAAAACAGAAAAAAACUGGGGAGUCCUAAAAUGGCAUGAGUGAGAACCAAUGAUAAAAGUACAUUUGGGGAGAAAAAACAUAGAGGAAUAAAGUAUGUCGCUGAUGAUUUAGCCUCUGUAAAUUGUAACUAAUUCUACUGUUGAUUUUAUUUAUGUUUUGUUACUAAUCAAAAUAAAUGAUGUCAAACAUCAAAUUACAA